AUGUUAAAUGACAGUCCACGGGAUUUAGAUAGCCACUAUGAUUCUAACUUCAUCGAUUCGCUCAACUUGCAAACGCCGUCGUCUUUGAAAAAUCUUCUCUGCCCAUUCAAGCAACAUGCCAGUUCGGUUUACUUAUACUCAUCAUGCCGUGGUUUGGUGUUUGCAAUUUUUAAUAAUGGGCGAGGAAUAAUAGCGUGGCAUAUAUGGAACCCAUCAACUGGGUUCUUCAAAAAACUACCUGAUCCAGACGUUAAAGAUUUCCCAGUCUUCACUGGUUUUGGGUAUAUCUCGGCCACCGACGACUACAAGGCUCUCAUAGCCAACUCCAAACUUGAGAAGGGAGAGAAACCCAGGAUCCGCAUCUACUCGUCGAAAAGCAACUCUUGGAAGAGGAUUCAAGAUUCCCAAUAUUCCGUCUUGUCAAGGACAGCCGUGGGGACUCUUUUAAAUGAGGCAUUUCAUUGGCUGGAGAGGUUUUGUGUCGUUAUAGUUGCUUUCGAUUUAGCAGGUGAGGAGUUCCGCACAAUGCCGCUGCCUGUUGUUGAGGAUCACUUUGCUGGUGACUAUUUCAGACAUCUAGGGGACUUUGGAGGUUGCCUCUGUGUGUUUGGUCAGGCUGAUACUAAUGCUGGCUCUAUGGAUUUGUGGGUCAUGAGGGAAUAUGAUGCGGGUAACUCCUGGACUAAGCUGUUUAACUUAAAGUUGUCCAAUCAGCCUGAGCAGAUAUAUCAUGUCAACCCGAUCUUUGUUAUGGAAACAAGUACAUUUCUGGAGGUACAUACUAAAUCUGAAAGUGGGGCGAAGUUGGUAAGGAGUUAUCACAAGGAAGAGAAGUUUGAAGAGAUUCGUGUGGAUAGACAGUCAAUGAUUGGAUAUGAAGAGAGUCUACUUUGGCUUGAGUAAAUGAUUACUCUCUGCAUCCAAAUUCAGGGUGUACAUGUACAAGAGCAAGUGUGAGGACCAGAUGAAGUGGAUCCAGUUCUGAGGAUCCUGGAGGACUUUGCUUCAAGUCACCAGUUCCCCUGAGCUAUUGUUUAUUAGAGGCUAUAUAUGCAUCUCUGUUAAUUUGUUGUUAAUGUAUGAAAGUGAUAUGCUAAGAUAAUGUUCAGUUGUGUUGUUCUGAGGGGAUGAUUUUAUAUAGUGUUAUUAAAUUAAAUGAUAUCAAGUUUGUUGGUUUUGAAUACGAAACUCGGUUGUCAAUU